UAUCAAGAGAGCAUGGCUCACCUGGGGGAACGUAAAUGGACUCACGUGUUUCCUUUUCUGGUGGUCUCCCUGGUGUACUCCGCCAGCGCCGAAUACUCCAACUGCGGCGAGAACGAAUACUACAACCAGACCACCGGCAUGUGCCACGACUGUCCCAAGUGCGAGCCGGGCGAAGAGCCUUACAUGACAUGUGGAUACGGCACCAAAGAUGAGGACUACGGCUGCAUCCCCUGCCCUUCGGAGAAGUUUUCCAGAGGAGGUUACCAGAUAUGCAGGCGGCACAAAGACUGCGAGGGUUUUUUUCGAGCAACAGUCUUGACACCCGGCGAUCAGGAGAACGAUGCAGAGUGUGGUCCAUGUCUCCCGGGUUACUACAUGCUGGAAAACAGACCUCGAAACAUAUAUGGGAUGGUUUGCUACUCAUGUUUGUUGGCGCCUCCUAACACCAAGGAAUGUGCGGGGGCUACCUCUGGCAUUUCAGCCAUUUUCCCAAGUACCUCUGGCACAAGCACUUUCUCGCCUUACCAGCAUGCUCACAAAGCAGAUCUUUCAGGACAAGGACAUCUGGCUACAGCUCUUAUAAUUGCAAUGUCUACCAUUUUCAUAAUGGCUAUUGCCAUUGUCCUCAUCAUCAUGUUUUACAUUGUGAAAACAAAACCUUCUGCUCAAGCCUGUUGCAAGAGCCACUCAGUAAAAAAUGUGGAAGCUCAGGCUAACACACAGGAAGAGAAGAAAGAAGUGCAAGAUAAUGUUGUGAUAUUCUCUGAGAAAGAAGAGUUCGAAAAACUUACAGCAACUCCAGCUAAGGCUGUUAAAAGCGAAAAUGAUGCAUCUUCUGAGAAUGAACGACUUUUAAGCCGCAGUAUGGAUAGUGAUGAAGAAGCUGCGGUUGACAAGCAAGGGACUCCAGAGAGAUGCUUGUUAUCUUUAGUACAUUUGGCCAGAGAUAAAUCUUCUACAAGCAAUAAAUCAACUGGGAUUCAAAGUCGAAGGAAAAAGAUACUUGACGUGUAUGCUAACGUGUGCGACGUUGCAGAAGGUCUGAGCCCUACGGAGCUGCCGUUUGAUUGCCUGGAGAAGACCAGCCGAAUGCUCAGCUCGACCUACAACACAGAAAAAGCCAUAGUGAAAACGUGGCGCCACCUUGCCGAGAGCUUUGGACUGAAGAGAGAUGAGAUAGGUGGUAUGACAGAUGGCAUGCAGCUGUUUGAUCGCAUCAGCACGGCAGGCUACAGCAUCCCAGAACUCCUAACCAAACUGGUGCAAAUUGAGCGGUUGGAUGCUGUUGAAUCCUUGUGUGCCGAUAUUCUGGAGUGGGCACAAGCAAUGCCGGCUCCUGAACCAGCAGGGACAUCCUGACGUGCCCGCCGGGGACCCGCGCUUCCACAUCACCUGCAAGAACCAUGAUUCCGGCAAGCACCGCGUCACAGACUUUGGACAAAAGACCAUUGACGUUUCUUCUGCAUAACUGCUCCCAAUAACCAACAGGAAGCUAUUCCCUUUGACUUCUAAAAAAAAGUGAAGUUACACAUCUACCAAAACAGGGGCAGAAAUCUCCCAAGGAGCUCGGUAUGAGACACGUCAUUAAACCAAACGAUCAUAUUAAAGAGUUACUAAUAAUAAGUGGACACGCAAACAUCCAUUUUGCAGUCUGUGUUACCCUUCCUGCCUGGCCUUCAAGAAAGCCGCUGAGUUGCUCUCUGAAAAUAUUCCUGUUUCUCAGGGCUUCCUUCAAUGGUUUAAUAGUUACAGUCAAAAGCAGCAGUACCACAGCUACAGUAUCAAUUAAUACACCAGGCACGUACAUUUCUAUCGGCUGUAACAUAUUUAAUAUGUAACCAGUCUCGUUUUCUGUACUUAAACCAUGGGUUCGUUGAAUCUAGAAGUAUGCGCAUAGGUGUAUAUACACAGUCCUCACAUUAACUAACUGUACUCUGUGAAAAAAAGAGCCAACAGAAUUUACGGAUUGAAGUGCUGCUUCAAAACGCUGUACAUAUUGCACAUAAAUGCACUCUUGCUCCAUACUGACAUUUCAGAAAUUGUAAAAAACUGGUAACUUGCUGAGGACAAGCUGGUUAGCAAGUGGGCAGUAAAAGCUGGCAGUCACUCCGCCUAAGUUGAGAGCAACAAGUUCUUCUACUGUAUUUUUCCAGUUGUGACAUCUUUAUAUCAAAUUAUAUUCCAAGCAGAGGAAUUUCAGACAACAGUGGUGCACAUUUGACACUAAGAGCAAAAAGAGUAGAUCUCUUCAGAGACGCUUGAAAUGCAGAGGAAAAAGUGUUUUUUAAAUUCUAGCUUCUUGUAAACACAGACCAUAAGCACAGAAUCCACAGGUGAAAACCAGCUCCUCUGGAAGGUAAAGCAUUAUUGUGAGUUUGUGUACAACAAAAACUGACCUUAUUUUUUUUCCUUUUACCUAAUCUCUGAUUUUCACGGUUAAAAGUUCUCUAAAACUCGUUCAGACCACAAAUCAGUAGUUGUUACCAAACCUAUUUGCUUAAUUUAUGGCUGAAAUGAGUGAUGACAGAUUUCAACAAGUGCAACCACUAAAUUGAGACGUGUCAGUUACAAAGCAAUACUUUUUUAAUUCCAAAAUGCAUGACUGAACAAAAUGCUAUAAAAAAUAUUAACUAUUACCCUGAAGUUAACAACCGGUAUUCCGUCACUUAGUAACUAGAUCUUAUCUAUGAUAGUACCAUAAUUGUGCAGAACAUUUAGUAUCACCCUUUAACAUCUAUAUUUAGUAUCUAUUCAGCACUUGAUUUGUACAGCAGAGGAAGUACAUACUGUCACAUAAAACCUAGCGCUCUCAUUAUUCUUCUUCCACCAUUUCUUUUGUAUCCUAACACACUCUUCAUUAAUUCGCAUAUGCCAAAUUUGAUGACAAUUUUGACUUUUAAUGAAGUAGCAAGCUGCAUUUAUUUGAACAUUUAACUAGCUAAUUGAUGUUUAAUUUAGAGGUGAAAUUCUUGCUGUCUUGAAAUGAAUGGCAAAUUCAUACAGAUUUCAACAGGCUUCAAUAAGAUUUCUAGAUCUGCUGACAACUCAGCAACCUUCAACAAGAUUUUCAAGACCCCGAAUUUGCAGUUUAGUAAUAUUGCUACUAGAAUAAAAAGGGGAAAGAAAAAAAAAAAAGAAAACUGAAAGAUUGUAUUUUUCUUGUGCCA